GGGCCUCGGUGCGGGGGCAUGGAGGGGCGCUCGGGGGAGGAGCUGGCGGUGCUGCCGGCACGCAGAGGCGAUGCGUGCGGCGCCGGCGAGUGGUGCGGGGUCGGGGGGCAGCUUCCUCUCAGGGAAGGCCGUGCGAGUGCGGAGCUUUGUUGGUGUUUCGGGCGUGUGAAGGAGGAGGCCCCGUAGGGCCUAGUUGUGGCCACAAAGCCCGGGCGGGCAGUGGAGCAAGGCGCCCGGGUGCUGUGUUGGCCGGAGGGCACGGAGCUGGAAGAAGGUUUGUGAAGAUGUGCUUCCUGUGGACGUCCGUUGUCGGGACGAGGCAGGGCUGCAGUUGUGUGUGAUUGUGUUUGUUGCUUGGGAGAAGUGCUGCCUUAGUAGGCUGGGGAGGAUGGAGAGGGAGAUUUUCAGACUGGCAUCAGUCAGGAGCGCGGCACGUUUCUGCGUGCUUUGCUCAUGCUGUUGUGUGGGUCCCCGCGAAGCAUGGGUGAGCCAGGGUGGCCCCGUGUGUGUGUGCCAGCAUUGUGCGCGGGUUUGGAAUGGAGUCAGAGUGAUUGUAAUGACAAUGCAGCUGGCGGUAUUUCUGGUAGGGAAUGGUUGAAUCCCCAGCCGUGAGGCGCAAGAAGAGGCGCUGGAUGCUAAGGUGGAAAGCGGAGCUUGUGUGUGCCAGGAGGCAGGCGUGGUGAGGUGCGCUUUGGAGCCUGCUGUUGUUGGCGCUGGGCUCGGGAGGCCCCUGAACAUGGCGCUGUGUGCUGCGUGUGCCAGCCCCAAGAGAUUCCCGUGUGGAAGAAGGGAGAGGAUGAAGGAGGCCGAGGGCCCUUUUCUCGGGGCCGGCUCCUCUGUGGCCUCUUGCUUGCCGGAGAGAAGGGCUGCCCGCUGGGCACAGGGGGUGCCUUCUAGCUGCCGUCCCGUGCCCUGUCCUGCAGCCCCCUCCUCAUGCUAUGUGGAACGCCAUGGCCAGCAGUGCGGCUGCCAUUUUAGAACCUUCGCCGCAUCACAGCCGUCACCUUGGUCACCGCUGCCCCGGCCAACGCACUCGCCUCUGAGAGCUCUGGCAGCCAUGUCAGGAGCAAAGAGAGCGAGGGGCGAAGCUUGCCCAAUUUCCAAUAGGAAGGGAGAGCUGGGGGCCCCAGAAGCGAAGAGGAGGAGGGGGGCCGCCUUGAAGAUCAAGCGGAGGAGGAAGGAAAAGAGAGUGCGUUUCCAUCGCGCCUGGACCAGCGCUGUGACCACCUCCGUGGAGCCCAUGGAGGUGGAUCCACCUCCGGAUGAGCCCAUGGAGGUGGAUCCACCUCCGGAUGAGCCCAUGGAGGUGGAUCCGCCUGCGGCACAGCUGGCCUGGCACCACACCACCGUGCCAGGCCCCGCAUCGGCGCCGUCCCACCGCCGCUGGUCCAGGCGCUCGGCUCCCUACCCGCUGCGCGGCCCCCGCCCCCAGCAUUAGCUGGGUGGCAUUAGUUUCCAUCAGCUCCUCCUCUGGAGCCAAUUCUGCGGGCCCCCAGCUCCAUCUUCACCCUGUUAUGUCCCCGUCCCUGUUUUUCUUGUUGAUUUUAGUGUUAAGUUUAGUGUUAGUGUUAGGAGUAGGUUAUUGUUCAUGUUUUAGAGUUAGGCAUAGGUUACUCGUAGUCUUUUAGUGUUAGGCAUAGGUUCCUGUUCUUCUGUUCGAGUUAGGCAUAGCUUACUCGUAGUCUUUUAGUGUUAGGCAUAGG